CAAUCAGCUGAGAGCCGAUCUGACUGGACGAGCAAUCAGUGUGUUUCCUCUCUCUCUCUCUCAUCCUCGGAUACCUUGAGCAUCAAACCCCGCUGAGUUACCGCCGAGGCCUGCUCUCUGUGCUCUCCCUGGUCAUCCGGUGAUGGAAAACACCCGCUGCUUUGCAAACCGCUUCUCCGACUACAAAGGUGCCUUGCUCCCGGGUCAGGGCGUGCAGCACAUCUUGCCCGCCGUCGUCGCCACCGUCGACAAAGUCCUGAAAAAGCUCCCCGUCGACAUCAGCGACUGCGACGGAGGGCUGUACGAUGGCCCGGCCGGGGUGGCUUACAUGCUGUACCACGUCAGCGAGUGUCCGCUGUUCUCCGAGCAGCGGGACGUGUACCUGAAGACGGCCAAGCAGAUCAUCGACGUGUCGGUCAGGUACGUGGACGCGGAGCCGGACAAGAACAUGAGAGCCGCCUUCCUGCUCGGCGGGGCGGGCGUCUACGCCGUGGCCGCGAUGAUAUACAAAUCCCUGGGCUUGGCUGACUUCGUUAAGCCGCUGACCAAAUUUCGGAACCUGUGGGAGGUGUGCGCGCCCAUCAGCUUCCUGGAGUGCGGCUCGGACGAGCUGUUCGUGGGCCGGGCCGGCUAUCUGUGCGCUGCCCUGGUCCUCAAACAGAAGCUGGGCAUAGAGAUUCUGAGCAAGGACCAAAUCAAAUCCAUUUGUCAGGCCAUCAUUGAGUCAGGGCGACAGUACGCCAGGAGGAAGAGGAAGCCUUUCCCUCUCAUGUACUCGUACUAUGGAACAGAGUAUCUUGGUGCAGCCCACGGCCUCUCGUCAGUGCUGCAGAUGCUGCUGAGCUACCAGGACGUGCUCAGCGGGGUAGAGAAGGAUCUGGUGUGGCAGAGCGUCGACUUCCUCAUGAACCAGGAGCAGAACUGCAACUGGCCCGCAGAGCUGGGCGCCAUGAUAGAGAGAGAGAACGAACUGGUGCACUGGUGCCACGGAGCCCCAGGUGUGGCAUAUCUGUUUGCCAAAGCCUACCUGAUCAAUAAGAAGCCCCAGUAUCUGGACACAUGCAUCCGCAGUGGGGAGCUCGUGUGGCAGAAAGGUCUGCUGAAGAAGGGCCCUGGGAUUUGUCACGGGGUUGCUGGUAGCGCUUACGUCUUCCUCCUGCUGUAUCGGCUCACAGGCAACUCAAAAUACAUCUACCGCGCUCAGAGGUUUGCAGAGUUCCUCUUCACCGAGGAGUUCAAGACAGGCUCCCACUCAGUGACCAGCGUCUGCAGCCUGUUUGAAGGCCUGUCAGGGACGAUCUGCUUCCUGGUCGACCUCCUGCAGCCGGACCAGUCGGAGUUCCCUCUGUUCAGUGUCUUUGUGUGAAUGGAUCUGGGUAACUGCUGUUCGCUGACCUGAACAAACAUCGAUCCUUCCCUCUGAAACCCUUUCAAGACCUGGAUUAUUGAAAGCACAGCCAUUGAGAAUGUGGAGGGAUGGAUGGUAUUUGUUUGGGAAUUAGAAAAUCCUAUUUGAGUGCAGUUGCAGUAGAUAAAAUGGUCUCGAUAUUUUGUCUGUGCUGAGGUGGAUGUUCAGCUUCUAGGCUUUACCAGAUUCAUUCCUCUUACUGUAACAUAGCCCAUCACUGAAGCAGAGCUUUGUUACUGAGUACGUUGAUUAAAAUUGCAGCAUUUUGUUCAAAGAUGCCGCUCUCAGGUCAGAACGACACACGCACGAUACCAUCGACAGUUUAAAGUAAACAGCUAUCACACCCAAGUCUCAAAAAAAACAAAAAACAAAACAAGUGUCACAUAAUGCCUUUAAAAUUUUUCUACCACUCCACCAGCUGAGCGUCACGUAAUCGCAGACCUUUGAGUUCAUGUCUUUAGGGUUCAUAAUUUCUGAAAUUAGUGCUGUUAUGACCUUGGUUGGUUACUGUGAUCGAUGGAUUUUGAUACAGAACUUGCAAAAUAAUCAAAACUGGGUAGAGACGGAUGCUAAGAGAAGUAGCUGUAGAUUAUCGUCCUCUCAAUAGUCUCACUUUGUUUGCACUGUGCAAUAUUGCUGACUCACCUGUGUGAAACGAGGUUGUUAGUAUAUUUCGAUGUUUAAAUUGUGGGGAUAUAUGAAAUGUCGUGUUGUGAUCUGUUACGACUUUUACCCUGUAAAGACAAAAAUGAGUAUGUAAGGGUUUGUGAUGGAGGCCGAGAACAAAAGAGCUGAAAAAGUAUCGUCAGUGUGAGAAUUUGAUUUUCUUUCCGAGUCAAAUGAGACUCAGUUAUGUCAAUUACGGAUUUCUUUGAUUAAACGUGAUAAUGAGGCCUUAAAAACAAAGCUGUUGCAUUUGGAAAAUGAUGCAAAGCGGAGACGAGCAGAAACAUUGGAAGGUGAAAAUGCGUCAGGCAGCGUUUUGGAACACGUUGCUCAAGUUGGUAACGAGGUGAAGAACAGCAAACCAAAGCAGGUUCCCAAUGCUAACUGUGCCUGUUGUGGAAUAUUUAUAACUUGUGUAUGUGUGUGCAUUUUGCAAUCCACGCUGUCCACAAAAAAAAAGUCUACAGGGUUGUUGUUAUUAAAGUGUCCAGAUGAAAAUAAAAA